GUUGGGGGACCUUUCUUUAAUAAAGAUUAAAGGAAAUGGGAAUGGCAUUCUUGGGCAGGUCUUAUACACAGCUUUAUGUUCGGGUAUUAAUUUAGGAAUAGCGUUAAAGAGUGAGUAUAAUUAAUUAAUUAAUUAAUUAUGCGAUAGUUUAUAGUUAAUACGGUUAAUAUCGAGUUAAUUUCACUUUUAGUUUCUUAUAUGUAGCCUUCAAAAAUUACGGAGUAAAGGAUUAUAUGUGUGACUACGUGUGUAGUUUAUACUGUUAUACAUAUCAUUUUUAAAAAAAAAAUUCAAUAUAUAGUCAUUUUUGUUAGGAAAAUGUGUCGGUUUUAAUUCAUAAGAAACUCCCACUCUAAGGUGCUUUAUUAUGCUCUAAAAAUCCCAAAAAAAAGGGGGAAAAAGAGGAGUUUGUAUAAGAUACAAAAAUGGCGGGUCUGAACUAGGCUGGUGAACCGGGCAUUUCUCUGCAACUUUGAUGGCGGUUUUUCCUUGACCAAAAGGUUGAAACUACACAUCAAGGAAUUCCUCGUUCCAUAGUCUCUCAUCUUUGCAGAAAAUAUGAAACUAGAAUCCAAAGGUGGCUCGUCGAGUGGUAAAUCUAGUCGUAGUAGAGGCAAAUUUGCCUCUCGUUUUUGUAUGUUCCCCAAGGUGAAAUCAGUUGUUACCGGUCCAGGCUCUGCUCCGGUUUACCUAAACGUUUAUGACUUAACACCUAUCAAUGGCUACAUGUAUUGGGCAGGAGUUGGUAUAUAUCACACUGGUAUUGAAGUCAAUGGCUCAGAAUAUGCUUUUGGUGCUCAUGACUUCCCGACUAGUGGUGUGUUUGAGGUUGAACCUCGGCAAUGCCCUGGCUUCAAGUUCAGGAAAGCAAUAUUCAUGGGAACAACAUCUCUACAGCCUAGUGAAGUUAGAGAGUUCAUGGAGCAACAAUCACGAAAUUUUCAUGGUGAUGCUUAUCACUUGAUUGUCAAGAAUUGCAACCAUUUCUGCGACGAUAUCUGUUACAAGUUAACAGGAAAGAGGAUUCCUAAAUGGGUUAAUCGACUUGCUAGAAUAGGUUCAGUUUGCAACUGCAUACUUCCAGAAAGUCUAAAGGCCUCUACUAUUCCAGAACCCCAUCUUGAAGUAUAUGAAAGCGACAAGAAGCACCUACGACCCUUCAGUUGCUUUUCAUCCUUCUCAAUGUCUCAGAAGGAAGAAUCAAUUUCUUCCUUGUUUUUACAUUCACACUAUAUGGGAUGUCUACCACCUUGGGAUUCAAAAAGUAGGACAAAAUCUGGGAUUUUUGAAGAGGAAGACUGAUAAGAAAAAGAACUCUUUUUUCUUCUUCUUUUCCAACCAGUUCAAGGAUUUAGAGGCGUUUAGUGAACAGUAUCAUUUAUGUUUAUUGUGCAUAGAUCUUAGGGGGUGAGUGUACAUGUGUUGUCUCGCCAUUUUGAUUCAAUUACAGUAGUUGAUUUACUGUUGUACAAGAGGACUUAAGUGUUGUCCUUGCAAAUGUCUGUUUCAGUGUUAGUGCUUUUUGAUUCAUAAAUGGGUUCUUUAGUUCUUGCAUCUUAGUUCUAUCCUCUUGAGCUCGAACACCAAUCUUAUUGUAAAGGAUAGGUCUUCCUCGGAUUGUUUAAUCAAAGGUUGUUUUUCGAUA